GGAAUAUUGCCAACCUCGGUCACUUCAUGUUCAGCUUUUGUUCUCACUGAAGCAAUGUUUUAGUGCUUACUGUAAUUCCGCGGUUGUUUGUAUAAUUUAAUUCAGAGCCAAGACGACAUGCGGGUUCUCUCUUUAUUUAGACAGCAUGUUAUAUUUAAAGUUCUUGUACUUGUACAUUUUUAAGGGCUGUUUUGUCAUUUGGGAGAUUUAUUUAGAACCCCGGUACUCUGAACUAACCUCUCCCUGACCUAAGAAUCUAAACUCUCCCUCACCUUCGUGUUCACUCAGACUACUCUGCCAGAUUAACUUUUAAACAUGUAUUUUUACAUUUUACUUCUUCAAGUGCUUAAUAUCUUGCUCUUUGUGUAUUUGCGCCUGUUUGUGUGUGUGCUUGUGUGAAGAGAAGAGUCUAUGGCUCCACUGAAGGUCAGAAUGCCCUAAACAGAGAGAAAGAAGGGAACACACUGGGGUACAUUAAUGUCCUGUGACGUCCCUAGCUCCAGUGGCAACCGGGGUGAUUUACGUCAGGGGGUCGACCCCUCAGCGGACAGCGGCAGCUUAUCAGAGAGUGUGGCGGACACUGACAAAAUAGGAGCGACGUCCUCUAAUUAAAUUAGCCUGUUCCCGCUCUAAGCUGAGGCCCCUGGAACCAGGCCCGAGUCAACCCGGUGGCUAAUUGAGAAAGCUGCCCCUCUGGUUCACAACCCCUGAGUCAUAAGUGCCAAUAAAACAAUGUGGAAGCGCUAAGUCGUCUGGGGGGAAAAACAUGAGAGAAGCUGAAUUGCAUGGAGAUGAUUUGAUGUGGGUCCAGUGCCAACAUUGGGCUACGUGACAUAGAGGGUGUGGCCUUUGUCAGGGUCCCUGACCGCAUCAGGAGUCUCCUCGGGUGGAUCCUCUUUUAUCUGCUUCCCAGCACUGCAAAGCAGCCUGGGAAAGUGCCUCUGCGGCUGGCCGCUGCUCAACGAUCGGAAUUAUUAGAUGACUGUCUCAUUCCUCUUUUGUUCAACCCUCCUGUUAGCACCUCUGCUAGUUAAUGCGCUUGGACACUUUCUACCCUAACCAGGUCAGGUGGGGGUCAAGGAAUGCUUUUUUCCCCUAACUCCAUUCCUGGACACGCAAAGACUUGUGCUUGAGAUUGGAGAGGUCACGGUUCCUUAUUCCCAUGCCAGCACUAUGCCCACCACCAAGCGCCUCUCCUUCAAGAGUGCCAGCCUUGCCUGGGCCAAGUCCCACUCCAGGACUUCCCAGACAACCACGGAGUCCGGCACAUUAUGAAGCCUCUAAGGCGGACGAACGGUUCCAGUAGACAUAGCCCCAAGGUCUGACAAGGUACAGCGACACCUUACAGUGAAACCCAGAUAAUGAACAAGAGGCUCAAAUGACAGAAGAUGAUACUUCGUUCCUCUCCAGUUUCACUCGCAGAGUUUUCGAAGGACAUACAGGACAACUUGUUCUUCAGGAGAAAUGCUGUCAUUUUUAUACACCCUCAGUUUUAGGUGAUGAAUUGAUGAAGGUGCUCAACGACCAGGGUGUUUCUCAAACGGGGAAGGAGCCCACUGACAAAGGUAAGGUUGGUUCCUACCUGUGAGAGGAUCAUCCACACCCGUUGCCGUAUUCCCUCGGAGAUGUAUCACUUUCAUCCAGCCUUAUUAUCUAAACUGUCCUUGGUUUGUGGCCAGCCUGGUAACCCAACUAGGGUUUAAUAGCGGGAACCAGGUUACUGAGGUUUCUGGCCCAAACCCACUCCCGUUUCCAGGGGUAAAUAACUGAGAAACCGGUUAAUUAAAAUCAAUUAUUUAUAUGAACAGCUUGAAGUGAAAUAGAACUGUUAAAUUAUAUGCAAUGUCCAAAUCUGUCUUUACGGAUUCCUCUGCUCUGCUAUCUGUAUGAUCAAUCAUCAACACUCAGGGUGGGGACAGACAGCGCAUCUCAUAUGGAGUGCAGUUCACAAUGCAUGUAUCAUCUCAUCAGCAGGCCAUCGUUUUGAGGAUGUCCCUGGGGUACGGAGACACCUGGUCAGAAAGAGCACCAAAGGCCAAGUGGUGCAUGUCGGCAAGGACCACAAGGAGCCCUGCACACGCAGCCAAAAAAAGGACCGGACCCCACAUGAGGUGUUUGUGGAGCUGAACGAGCUUAUCAUGGAUAAGAACCAGGAGAUGCAGUGGCGGGAGACGGCCCGUUGGAUCAAGUUUGAGGAGGACGUGGAGGAGGAGACCGACCGCUGGGGCAAACCCCACGUGGCCUCGCUCUCCUUCCGCAGCCUGUUGGAGCUCCGCAAGACCAUCUCCCACGGGGCGGUGUUGUUGGACCUGGACCAGAAGACCUUGCCUGGCAUUGCCCACCAGGUGGUAGAGCAGAUGAUCAUCUCAGACCAGAUCAAGGCUGAGGACCGUGCAAAUGUGCUCCGAGCCCUGCUGCUCAAACACAGUCACCCAAGCGAUGAGAAGGAGCACAGCCACAACCCCUUCCCCAGGAACAUCUCGGCGGCCAGCCUGGGCAACCUGCUGCCCCAGCAACACAGUUCCAACCACAUCCACCAUCCAGAGCCCUCCGUCACAGACCCCCUCAUGGGCUCGGCCAGCACAGGGGAGCAGGAGACGCGUAUUGACAUGGAGAAGAACGACCUGCAGCAGAAGGAGUCUACUCCAAAUAUCGGCAUACACAGGUCGAAGUCCAAGCAUGAGCUCAAGCUGCUGGAGAAGAUUCCAGAGAAUGCUGAGGCCACUGUUGUCCUUGUGGGCAGCGUGGACUUCCUGGAGCAGCCCACCAUGGCCUUUGUGCGGCUGCAGGAGGCGGAGGAGCUAGACUCUGUCCUGGAGGUCCCAGUGCCAGUCAGGUUCAUCUUUGUCCUGCUGGGUCCCCCCAGCACCAACAUGGACUACCACCAAAUCGGACGCUCCAUCUCCACACUCAUGUCUGACAAGCACUUCCAUGAGUCGGCCUACCUGGCGGACGACCGCCAGGACCUGCUCAACGCCAUCAACGGCUUCCUGGACUGCAGCAUCGUUCUGCCCCCCUCCGAGAUGGGCGGUGAGGAGCUGCUACGCUCCGUGGCACGCUUCCAGAAGGAGAUGCUUCGCAAGCGGGAGGAGCAAGGAGCCCUGCUGGCCAAGGAGCCCAAGAGCCAGAAGGAAAAAGAGGCCCUCCUCUCGCCCGGGAAGCCGGGAGACGAUCCCCUGCAGCGUACUGGACGCCCCUUCGGAGGCUUAAUCCGAGAUGUGAAGCGCCGCUACCCAAAGUACGUGAGUGACUUCAAGGACGCGCUGAACGCCCAGUGCGCUGCGGCCAUCAUCUUCAUCUACUUCGCUGCCCUCUCCCCCGCCAUAACCUUCGGAGGCCUCCUGGGUGAGAAGACUGAGGGUCUGAUCGGUGUGUCUGAGCUGAUCGUGGCCACAGCUGUGCAGGGUGUUCUUUUCUGCCUCCUGGGGGCCCAGCCGCUCCUGGUGGUGGGCUUCUCCGGACCCCUGCUCGUCUUUGAAGAGGCCUUCUACUCUUUCUGUAAGGGGAACGGGAUAGAGUACCUGACGGGCCGGGUGUGGAUUGGCUUCUGGCUCAUCGUCAUCGUGGUGACGACAGUGGCCUUGGAAGGUAGCUUCCUGGUCCGCUUUGUCUCACGCUUCACCCAGGAGAUCUUCUCCUUCCUCAUCUCGCUCAUCUUCAUCUUCGAGACCUUCUCCAAGAUAGGCAAGAUUUUCAUGGAGCACCCACUGCAGCGCUGUUACCUUGACAACGGCACGGCGGAGAACGCAACGAUGGAGAAUAGCACCCUGGAGCUAUUGCUUGGCAACAGCACUAUUCCGGUGGUGUCGGUGAAGGUCCUAGGAGAACCCAACACAGCACUGCUCUCCCUUGUACUCAUGUCUGGAACCUUCUUCAUUGCAUUCUACCUGCGCAAGUUCAAAAACAGUGCCUUCUUCCCUGGCAAGCUCCGUAGGAUUAUUGGAGAUUUCGGGGUCCCCAUAGCCAUCCUCAUCAUGGUCCUAGUGGACUACAGUAUACGUGACACUUACACACAGAAACUGAGCGUGCCCAGUGGCUUCUCUGUGACCAGUCCUGAGAAGCGUGGCUGGGUGAUCAACCCACUAGGCAUGUACACCCCGUUCCCCAUCUGGAUGAUGUUUGGCAGUGUGCUGCCCGCCCUGCUGGUCUUCAUCCUCAUCUUCAUGGAGACACAGAUCACCACUCUGAUAGUGAGUAAAAAGGAACGGAUGCUGGUGAAGGGUUCUGGCUUCCACCUGGACCUGCUGGUGAUCGUAGUGCUGGGCGGCACCUCUGCCCUGUUCGGCCUGCCCUGGAUGGCCGCUGCCACUGUGCGCUCCGUAACGCACGCCAACGCCCUCACCGUCAUGAGUAAGGCGGUCGCCCCCGGCGACAAGCCCCGCAUCCAGGAGGUCAAGGAGCAGCGGGUUACAGGGUUGCUGGUGGCCAUCUUAGUAGGCCUUUCCAUUGUGAUCGGAGACCUGCUGCGUCAGAUCCCCAUUGCUGUGCUGUUUGGCAUCUUCCUCUACAUGGGCGUGAUGUCACUCAAUGGAAUCCAGUUCACCGAGCGCCUAAUGUUACUGCUGAUGCCCCCCAAGUACCAUCCCGACCACACCUACGUCCGCAAGGUGAAAACGCUGCGGAUGCACCUGUACACACUGAUCCAGCUGGUGUGUCUGGCGGCGCUGUGGGCCGUCAUGUCAACCGUGGCCUCUCUGGCUUUCCCUUUCGUCCUCAUCCUCACCGUCCCCGUCAAGAUGUUCCUGUUGUCACGCAUCUUCACCACCCGUGAGAUGCAGUGUCUGGAUGCUGAUGACGCAGAGCCCGUCUUUGACGAGAGAGAGGUCCAUGAUGAAUACUCAGAGAUGCACAUGCCUGUGUGACCCACACCAUAAUAUACCUACCAACCACUGUAUUCUUCUCUGUGUCCACACCAUUCUGCCAAUCAAUCAACCAGCCAAUGAAAUGCCUGCCCAAUGCUUUAACCACACCUGACCAAAGAGUAAAGAUGUCGCAUGCAGGCUUUGGUCUUCUGAGACCCAGCUCUGUCAUGGAGGGGUUUAAGAUCACUCAUAACCCCCUGUCAAUCUCAUUCACUGGGACAGAGUUCAAUUGAGUGACAUAAGUAGAUUCAACGUUCAGGCGUUCUCAUGAUGACACACAGCUGGAAAUGGGGACACAUUAUAAGGGGGAACUUCCUGUCCUCUGAAGGGGUUAGGGGUUGUAACCCUUCAGAGAGCACUUUGUGGCAUUAGGUAUGAAUACAGACUGAAAGGUCCAAUCGGUUCGGCAUAUUUAUUUUGUUCAUAUUCCAUGUUUUAAAAUAUUUCAACAUAUUUGCCUUUUUUUGGGGGAGGGGGGUUCAGGGGUUCAAAUCCAGUUGUGUGUUUAUAGAUGUGUAUUUUCAAGGUUUAUUCCAGUGACCGUGUAUGGUAGGUAGUUUAGUACACAAUGAUUCAUUUUUCAACCCUGACAGGUUGUGCUGAUUCACAUUGAAUGUGCGGAGGAUUAUAUAUGGGAUACAUUCCUUGAGUCAAUAUAUUUAACAUAUUGUGCUUUCACUUUGUAUGUUUAGCUCUUUUAGCUCACUAAGCGCCUUAUGAAGGACAUGAUGGCUGGACAGAGAAACCUAAUUAUGUUGCUUUUGUUUUUAACAGCUGUUCCUUCAAGAGCACCUCUAAGCCCUCUGCACUUUUUAAGGCAUAAUAUUGAAUGUUUUAUAUUUUACUUAGUGUCUAUCAAACACUAUGCUGUGUAUUUUUGUAUAAAAAAAAUGUAAGAUGCCUUAGAUUUUUCUCUCCCGGCAAUUCCAUUAGCUAAAAAGGAAGGCGUGUGAUUUUAUGUUUCCAAACGAUUGCAAAGGGGACACAAACUGCUCCAACCUCAGACUGAUAUUAAGGUAGUGUUAGCCCGGUGGUUUUACCAAUAGUCAUUACAACACUGCUCUGCAAUCACAGCAGUCUUGUGAAGUCGUGAUGAAAUGAAAUGUGCGUAUCUAUGUUAUUGUGUAGUUUAUUUCCUUUCAUCCAUUCAUCAUCCUCCUCUAGUGUUUAUGCUGCCAUUGUGGUGGCUAAAGUUUACCAGCAGAGGGAGACGAAAUGUAACCAAAGUACACAUUGUAGUACCAAAUGAUUUUAAAGUACUGUACUGAAUGUGAAAUAACUCCCCAACCAUUUAUUUUUCGUUAGCAUUUCCUCCAUAAAAGCUGAAAUGGGAUCACAUCUCUCAAGUGCUCCACAAUCUCAAGACCUUUCUGAAGUACUGUCUAUAUACACUAAACAUCGUGAUACUUUCGCCAAGUACAGUAAACUUCUUGUAGUAUUGUUCUAAUAAGGACCAAAUAUGUGAAACUAAACAGCUCAUCUAAAGUAUAUCCUGCUGAAUUCCUUUCUGAAAGUUAUCGACAUCAUCUAUUGGGCUCACCUUCACCUUUUGCAUUCUCACUGUGUAUGUUAAAGUGGUCUACCUACCAGCAUAAAGCUAGUCAGUAUUUUUUUUUGGGGGGGGGGGCACUAAUCUAUUUAUAUUUUCCUGUGUGUAAGUGGUUUUAUUUCUUACCAAAUCUCGGCCAUUUAAAACGUUUCAAGUUUGGUCAGAACUAUCAAAUGUGGGUGUUAUCGCACCUGUUACUUGCCACCAGGUUUAUGAUGUUUCCGAGGUGGGCAAAGUGGUUCAGCGGGUCAAGACCAUUCUCUCACAACAUUCCAUUUAAAAAUGUUUUUUUAAUGAUUUCAAGUAGUAUUAGUGAUUAUUAUAAAAAUUAUCCAAAGUUUUUAGAUAGAAGCAAAUGCGUUGUCUAAAAUUCCUAAAUGAUACUGUCGACGAAAUUUCUGUGUAGGCAACCUCCUUAGUGUCACCCAUGCCAGGGUAAUCUCUUGUGGAAAGACGACGUAAACAUAAAUCGUACUGUAGAUCUGUCAUGAUAGAACUGGAUGUGUGAGAUCUGCCGCAUUAGUUCCAGUGCUUGGGUUUUUUGUCACUGGUUAUUUGGACAAAUGCUGAUUUUUGCAGGCGUUAGCAUAUUUCGGAUGGAGCAGGGACAUUUGGCUCAUAUACUUGCCUGUAACUUGCAAAGAGAAAGGGUAGAGUACUUUUGUUUUCGGUUCUGAUCCUCGUUCUAUCUCUUCUCUUAACACUUAUGGACCCAGAUCUUUAAUUGAACAUCUGACCAAUUAUGCACGACUUAAGUUCUGGGUUUACUAAGAUUGAUGCCAGGGGAAUGGCUUGAAGCCUUUUUAAAGAUGUUGUUUCUAAUAUAUACAGAUGUCUGGAGUUAGACCUAUGAAUAUACUUUUUUUUACCUGAAAUGCAGUCAUUGAUUGUGAAGACUGGACCUCAUGUCUGUCUUUUGUUCUUUCUUGCCUCUUUAUUGUUUCUCAAGCAAGGGGGAGGCCGGAGACCUCACUAAUCCCCUUCAGACCAACUCCUUAACCUUUUUUUAAAAAUCCUUUAGUGUGUGUACUUUACUGUAUUUAUACUUGGGAUAUUGCCUUUCAACAGUAAAAGUUCAAAAAUGUCUCUUUCUGUGCACCUCAACUAAGCUAUACUUGGCUCCAUAUUCCCACGGUCUAUGGCUACAGGCAGCCCAACUCUGAUCUUUUGUUCAACUAUUGGCAAAAGAGCUGAUCUGAUUGGUCAAAAGACCAAUAAGUGGAAAAAAUAUCAGAAUCCGGCUGCCGGUGUAAACUCAUUCGAAGUCCUUUAUUUGUGCCUGAAUUGAUCUACAGCUGCACGUGAAUGUAUAAGAUAUGUGAUUGUGACAUUUAUCACCUGAAUCCGUCAUAGCCGUCAUAUAUAUUUUUUCCAGUAUGUCACUCAAGUUCAAUUGGUUUUCACUUUUAGAAUCCCCCUAGAUCAAGGCCUGCAUUCACAACACGUCUCAGAGUAGGAGUGAUGAUGGGAUCAGAUUUCCAUUUUAGAUCCUACUGAAUAAGAUAUGAACAGAGGGGAUCUGAUCCUAGCACUCCUACUCACUCUUCAUGAAUACAGGUCCUGAUCCCUCACAUGUAUUGCAAUGUGGCACUAUGUGUUUUGAGUGUUUGAAGGGUGUUGUGCAGAUGUUUUGAAAGAUGUUGCAGUAAUUGAUGACCCAUGGACAAAAUGGUGGUGUGCAAAAUAAGUUUUUUUUAUUUUUUAAAUGGAAAACGGUAUGGAUGGAGGGAAUGUGUUCUGUACAUGAUUGUCAGUGCCCAAGGAAACAUUGCUAUAAUGCAGUUCCAUUUUAAAAGAAACACAAAGCAUUCUGGGUGUUCAUUGCUUAUGUUCAAUGUACGUACACUACCGGUCGAAAGUUUUAGAAUACCUACUCAUCAUUCAAGUGUUUUUCAAGUUAUCUUUAUUUUCACUAUUUUCUACAUUGUAGAAUAAUAGUGAAGACAUCAAAACUAUGAAGUAACACGUGGAAUCAUAUACUAACCAAAAGUGUUAAACAAAUCAA